AUGUCCGCAACCAAUACGACUCAGAUCCAAUCAUCUGCUGGACCUGCAGCAGGCACCGUCUCCCUGGCCGGACUUCCAAAGAUCAAAGCUACGAUUGAGUACUUGGACGCGUCCAUCGCGAAGCCUUACCAUCGUGCACACCGCAACGAAGGUGAAGACCUGACCAAUGUGGUGCACGAGAGCGUAUCCGUCGACAUUACCGAUCUAGCAUCCACCACGCUUUCGGAGCGCGAAGCAUCGGGUCUAAACACGCACGGUGCAGGGUUCGAGAUAGUGCAAGGCUUUGGUCAACAAGAUACUGAAACAGAGUGGAGCGAGGAAAAGUGGAAUGAUGAGGAAUGGAUCAAGCAGGCUUACUACAAGGAUGUGGAUCAGCUUUUGAAGGAUAAUUUGGCACAAAGAGGUCAGCAUGUGCAGGGCACCUUCAUCUUUGACCAUACCAUUCGCAAAGGGCAGACCAAGCAUAUACCCGAUGAUCCCUUCAACCGAAAGCCCGUUGCUCAGGCUCAUUGUGAUCAGAGCCGAUGGUCCGGCGAGAACCGCAUCAGGAAGCAUUUGGGUGAGUCUCGGCGUCUUGCCAUGGCUAUAUCUGCUUGACUUUGAAGUUUAGCUGACCUCCGAUCCGAGUUUGCCUGACAGGCGACGAGACGCUUGCCAAGGUCAAGUCUGGCGAGCUAGCGGCUCAGCUGAUCAACGUCUGGCGGCCUUUGCGUGGUCCAGUGGAAGAAGAUCCGCUAGCCGUAGCCGAUUCCCGCACGGUAGGCGUUCACGCCGACGGUACAUCCGACUGGGUUCAAGCCGAUCUGAUUUUCAAAGAUUGGACUGGUCAAUUCCUGUUGAUACACAAAAAUCCGGUUCAUAGGUGGUACUAUCAUUCGAGCUUGAAGACCAAUCAGGCAAUCUUGCUCAAGUGCUACGAUAGCGAGACGGAGACUAGGACUCCCCAUACCGCCAUCGUCGACCCUACCUCGCCCAAGGAUGCGAAGCCUAGAUGGUCUAUAGAGGUCCGUGUGCUGAUUUUGCUCGAUCCAAAAGCUUCGCAGUAG